AUGGCGCCAUUGGCCGCGCCGACCCGCCUCCUCCACCUGACCUCCUCCCCAUCCCUCCCCCGUCGUCGUAAUUCCACCACAACCACCACCACCCGUAUCACCUCCAAUUCCAUUAUCCAAUCCAAUCUGCAACCUCUAGCCACUUCCUUCCAAAACCCUAAAUCCUCGAAGUCUCCGUCUCCUAAUUUCUUCAACCCCUUCGUCUCCGUCCCCAAAUCUCUCGCUCUUACUGCCGCGUCUGGAGUCCUCUUCCACCUAGCAUUUCAACACUCCGGUGGAAAUUCUAACUUCAAUUCCGGAAAUGGCGGUGGUGGAGGUGGAGGAAAUGGAGGGCAAGGUGGUGGAUUUUGGUCCCGUAUAUUCUCUCUUGUGGCAAUUGCGAAGGAUGAUGAACCCCAACAAGAAUGGGAUAAUCAUGGAUUACCGGCCAACAUUGUGGUCCAGCUUAACAAGCUUAGUGGGUUUAAGAAAUAUAAGGUUUCGGAUAUAUUGUUUUUAGAUCGCCGUCGUGGUUCCUCUGUCGGUACUGAGGACUCAUUUUUUGAGAUGGUGUCGCUCCGGCCGGGUGGGAUAUACACCAAGGCUCAGCUCCAGAAGGAGUUAGAAACUCUAGCUACUUGUGGAAUGUUCGAGAAAGUCGACUUGGAGACUAAAACUAAUCCGGAUGGUACUAUCAACAUAACCAUUCCAUUCCAAGAAUCUACUUGGCAAUCUGCAGAUAGAUUCAGGUGCAUUAAUGUGGGUCUGAUGCCACAGUCCAAGCCUAUUGAAAUGGAUACCGAUAUGACUGAUAAGGAGAGGUUAGAUUACUACAGGAGUCAGGAGAAAGAUUACAGGAGGAGGAUUGAGAGGGCGAGGCCGUGUUUGUUGCCAUUGCCUGUGCAGAGGGAAAUCUUGCAAAUGUUGAGGGAGCAGGGGAAGGUGAGCGCAAGAUUGCUGCAGAGGAUUAGGGACAGGGUGCAGCAGUGGUACCACGAGAAUGGUUAUGCCUGUGCACAGGUUGUAAAUUUUGGGAAUUUGAAUACCAAGGAAGUGGUUUGUGAGGUUGUGGAAGGGGAUAUUACACAACUCGUCAUCCAGUUCCAGGAUAAGCUUGGUAAUGUGUGUGAGGGGAACACUCAGAUGCCCGUAAUAAAGAGAGAAAUGCCCAAUCAGCUUCGCCAAGGUCAAGUAUUUAACAUUGAGGCUGGGAAGCAAGCAUUGAGAAAUAUAAAUUCUCUAGCUCUCUUCUCUAAUAUUGAGGUAAAUCCACGUCCAGACGAGAAGAAUGAGGGAGGUAUUAUUGUUGAAAUCAAGCUCAAGGAACUGGAACAGAAGUCGGCUGAAGUUAGUACAGAAUGGAGCAUCGUACCAGGACGUGGGGGUCGUCCUACACUGGCAUCAGUCCAGCCUGGUGGAACUGUCUCUUUUGAGCAUCGGAAUAUUAACGGGUUGAAUAGGUCCAUUCUUGGUUCAGUUACCACCAGCAACUUCCUCAAUCCUCAGGAUGAUCUAGCUUUUAAACUGGAGUAUGUUCAUCCGUAUUUAGAUGGUGUAUACAAUCCUCGCAACCGUACCUUCCGUACUAGCUGCUUCAACAGUAGAAAGCUGAGUCCAGUCUUCACCGGUGGGCCUGGAAUAGAUGAAGUUCCCCCUAUAUGGGUUGACAGAGCUGGAGUUAAAGCCAACAUUACAGAGAAUUUCACCCGUCAAAGCAAGUUUACUUACGGACUUGUGAUGGAGGAGAUAACAACCCGUGAUGAAAGCAGUCACAUUUCUGCAAAUGGUCAAAGAGUGUUGCCAAAUGGAGGAGUUAGUGCUGAUGGACCCCCGACACCACUCAGUGGCACUGGUGUUGCCCAGNUAGUUGGUGAGAGAAAUGUGUUCCAGCUUGAUCAAGGGCUUGGUGUUGGAAGCAAGUUCCCAUUCUUUAACCGGCACCAGUUAACAGUGACCCAAUUUUUCCAAUUGAAGCAAGUAGAGGAAGCUGCUGGCAAGCCUCCACCACCUGUAUUAGUCCUUCAUGGCCAUUAUGGUGGUUGUGUUGGAGAUCUUCCCAGUUACGAUGCUUUUACUUUGGGGGGACCUUAUUCUGUUCGGGGUUACAACAUGGGAGAGUUGGGAGCUGCAAGAAAUAUACUUGAGCUGGCUGCUGAGCUACGGAUUCCUGUGAGAAAUACACACGCUUAUGUAUUUGCAGAACAUGGGACUGAUCUUGGGAGUUCAAAGGAUGUCAAAGGAAACCCUACGGAGGUUUACCGAAGAAUGGGUCACGGUUCUUCGUAUGGUCUCGGAGUCAAGCUAGGUUUAGUACGAACAGAGUAUGCCGUCGACCAUAACUCUGGAACUGGUGCAAUAUUCUUCCGAUUUGGAGAGAGAUUCUGA